AUGCCUGACUGUGGGGUGUCCCGUUCGGCUCCCACGCCGGCAGCAGGUGCAUCUGGAGGUGAGGGCACAGGUGUGGGGUUCGCAGGGCAGCCCACCCAGGUGGACUCUCCCACAGCAGCACCGUCCUUGGGGCUGGGGCUGGGCCGGGCCCUGACAUGUCAGCUCAGCAGCCCUGCUCGGCCCCGCUCCUCGUGGAGCCCUCAGGGCCUGAACGUGUCCCUCUCCUUCUUCGCCACCUUCGCCCUCUGCCAGGCGGCCAGGAGGGUGUCCAAGGCUCUGCUCCCGGCGGGCACCCAAACCAGCUUCGAGUGGGAGGCGGUGGGCGCGGCCCAGCUGGGGGCCUGCUGCCUGGAGAUGCGGAUGUUGGUGGAGCUGGGCCCCUGGGCGGGGGCCUUUGGCCCCAACCUGCUGCUGACGCUGCUCUUCCUGGUGCACGGGGCGACCUGCGACGGGGCCGCAGCCAACCCCACCAUGUCUCUGCAGGAGCUCCUCCUGGCCCAGGCCUCCCUGCCCGGCACGCUGCUGACGCUAGCGGCCCAGGGGCCGGGCGUGCAGGCGGCCUGCACCCUGAGCCGGCUCCACUGGGCCUGGGAGCUCAGUGACCUGCACGUCCUCCAGAGCCUCAUGGACGCACACUGCAGCUCGGCCCUGCGCACGUCCGCGCCCCACGGUACGCGGUGGAAGGUGCCUGUCUGUGCCUUCUUCUUCCACCUGACCCUCCUCCGCUUCCGGAACAGUCUUCCUGUCUACAGGGUGCCCGUCACGGCCCUGCUGGUCACCGUCACGGCCCACACAGCUGGGCCUUUCACAUCCGCCUUCUUCAACCCCGCCCUGGCCACCUCGGUCACCUUCCCCUGCUCGGGGCUCACCCUGCUGGAGUACACCCAGGUGUACUGGCUGGGUCCUCUGACAGGCCCGGUCCUGGCUGUCCUGCGGUACCAUGGCCCCCUUCCUCGCCUUUUCCAGAGAAACCUGUUGUACAACCAGAAGAACAAGUACCGGACUCCUAGAGGGAAGCAGACCCCGGGGCCGAGAGAUACCCGCCGCCUGCAGAGGGAAUUAGAACCAAAUGUAAGACCCGGGAGGGAAGGCAAGAGGUCCAGCAUGCGUCCCCCUGGUCCUGGGAAGACCUGA